AGUGUAUGUAACCAGUCCUGGACGGACGGUCAAUCCGGUGUCUUGUGAACCACUCGCUCGGUCAGGAUUGAUCGAUUGAAUCCGACGCGUGAGCAAAGUCGCCGGGAAGAAAACGAGACGGAGGAAAAAAGUGAUCUAGCCGGUGUGCAAAUUUCGGAUUACCCUUUUCUCGCGAGAUUUCGUGAGGCAGGGCUUAAGAAGAACACAAUGUCAGCAGCCGUGAGGGAGCGAACGACGACGCACACCAGCAGAAAGCUCGUGAGUCAUGGCGGUCCUAUAUCUGGCCAGAGAGACGGGGCAGCCACGGCCAGCAGCCUCGAAAACAACUUGGACGCACUCCUCGAGGAUUUGCAGACGAGUGUCUCGAGAAGUGCCACUCCUAGCCGAGACAGAGCACACUUGCCCCAAGUCGAAUAUAGGGUAGCUGCCAACCCCGCCAGAGUGAUCUCCGAGGGCAGAUCCAUGUCUCCAUCUCGUUCGAAGGUGACUACCACCGAAAAGUUCGUCAGUUCCGGUCCGAUUGGCACGACAAGCGGUAUACCAGGAUUGGAACAACUAGAGUCAGAAUUGCAAGAUGUCCAACCCGGUCAGACCAAAACGGUAGCCUACAAGCAAGUGUCGUACCACUACAACAAGGAUUUGGACGGGAAACCAGAUUCAUGGGGCAUAUCAGAAAGCAAACAGCCUCUCACCGCGCCCUUGAUGGACGACAUUCAUGAAAGAACUUACGAGGAAACUAAAACUCCAGCGAUUCCAUACACAUAUCAAAGUCCAGAACCGAUUAUUAAAAAAUCAGCGGUCAAUAGAGAAUUGGUUUAUGGCGACAGCUCAUCUCGUUCGAAACAGACUUCCUCUCAAAGCAUGCAAGAAUACAAAACUGGGUACGGAGUUCCGUCACCAAGUCCAUCGAUACCGAUCAAUCUGGCGCCCGGACCGAACACAAAGGUAACCACCACCAUUAAGACGUACACCUACGAGCUACCGGGAGCACCGGAGACAUAUCUACCAGGUAACAGCGGGCCAGGGAGUGUCAUGCUGCCCAGUGAUCAGACGAUCACGUACACCCUACCGAGGAGCACCACAGACAAGACAGUCACCUAUCAAACCGUGACGGAGAAUGUACCGGGACAUCCUGGUACAUCGAGAUCGCCGACCGAUAUCACCGAGAGGUCCAAAACUAUACACAAGGAGUCGAAGUUUUAUCACGAGGACCACCAGCCCUCCUAUGCUUAUCGCAGCGCUCCGCCGACGGAAACCAAGACCACCGUGACCGAGAAGUAUUACCAUGUCGACGGUUACCCUAAUGGCCAUGGACCGAGCGAUCGUGCGGAUUAUUCUGGCAGUACGACUAUAUAUCAAAAUCACCCGCCUGCCGUAAGCGAGACGCACACCAGGACUAUUAACCGAUACGAAGAAUACAGAUCUGGCGGCGGACGUUAUCCCGACAAACCUGGCACCCCAACGAAAACGACUUAUUAUCCGCGGCAGGACACACCGCCCGGCACGACGAUCUACAAAUUCUCGAAUACCACGACGACGGUACCGCCGAACAAGUACGCCGACGACCACGAAGUCCUCCUGCCGAGACCGUUUCCAACUGGUAAAGCGUAUCCUGCUAAGCCAAUCGCCAAUGGCGAAGGGCCACCAGCGAAACUGGAGGAUCUCAUGGCUUCGUUCUCUGAUUCUGAGCGAGAGGUAUUGGAUGAUAUAGAGAGGCAUGAGCGUCGGAGCAAAAAAGAAACAAAGAAAGAAGUUGAUUUUGUCCCCCAUACACCACCGACAGUCAAAAGCAAGAAUGUUGCUGGGCCGCCGGUCUAUUAUCCUCCUGGUUCGGCAGAAUUCACCAAGAAGGAAGAAGCUAGCGUAGCCAUGUCACAAUCUGGCGGAGGAUGGGAAAAGGCCAGCGGAAAAUACGAAUACGAGGCUUCUAGCAAAAGUAAAAGCAAAGAAAGCAAGGGACGUGCUGUUGUCCCAGUUUGCCUCCCGUUAUGUUGCGCGUUGCCAUGCGUCAUUAUGUAACUUAUUAUUAUACAUUAACAAAUUAAUGAAGCACAUGAUACACAUACACACGCAUAUACACGAUAUACAUUUGUUAUCAUAAUAUAAUCAAAGGAAACUAGAGGAGAAAUUAAUGCAAAAAUAUGUAGCGUUAGAGCAGAGUUUUAUAAAUUUCAUAAUUUUUCCUUGCCAAUGUAAGGUUUGUUCACUUAAAUUAUACGUUAUGCUUCUUCUUUUUUCUUUCUCUUUGCCUCUUUAAAUCAUACAUCUAUUUCAUUUUAAAUAUCUAUAAAAAAAUGAUUAAAAAAGCAGUUCAUAUGUGUUAAUAUUUAAUAAAUGAUAUAGAUUAUGUAAUAAGCAAGUAAUCAAAACAAAUCGUACUGUUACAUGAAAAUGAACGUCGUUACGCUAUGUUAACAUAUUUAUUAAUAUAGCUGUAUUUAUAAAUAUAGCUAUUUAUUUUCA